CAUAGAAAAUACAUAUGUAACUUUCAUAGUUUUGAUUUUCUUGUUCAAAGUAGUUUCAUUUUUCACCAGCUUUACAUUUUUCUUUUGCAUCUUUCCUAUGUGUUUCUCCACUUGUUGAUUUUUUAGAUUUCUUGGUUUUAAUAUUUGGAUCUCCUUCUUCUUCUUCUUCUUCUCAUCAUCAUCAACUCUUUCUCUCUCUUACUUUGUGUGAAAAAGUAGAGGAUAGAUCUCCUAAGAUUGAGGAGAAAUUUCUAAUCAAUUUCUGGGUUCAACUUUUCUUGCUCUGAGAUGAUCAAUAAAGCGUGUGAUUAAAAUUUGAAUUUGAUUAGUAAACAAAGAAAGUUAAGAGAAAGGAAAGAUCAACAAGUUAUUUAUCUUUUUCUUCUGCUCUAAUGUUCAUAAGCAACAUGAAUCAGCUAUCAAUGAAUGAAAUAACUGGAGGAAGAAGCAGCGCAAGAGGCGAAGGUGAAGACGAAGAAAGAGACAAUGGAGACGAUCCUACUAUUGAGUUAGGCAUUCGUCGGCCUAGAGGACGGCCUGCCGGAUCCAAGAACAAACCCAAACCACCUACAUAUGUCACCCAGGAUAGCCCUUACGCGCUUCGUAGCCAUGUAAUUGAGGUUUCCGGUGGCACUGAUGUUACGGAAAGCAUAGCCCAGUUUGCAAGAAGGCAUCAACGCGGGGUGUGUGUGCUAACCGGUAGUGGCUCGGUAGCAAACGUGACCAUAAGACAGCCGGCUGCACCUAGUGCUGCCAUGAUAUUUCAAGGGAGGUUCGAAAUUUUGUCCUUAAAUGGGGCUUUCUUGCCCGGUCCGGCUCCUCCGGGCUCGACUGGACUUUCGGUGUACUUAGCUGGUGAUCGGGGACAGGUGUUGGGUGGAAGUGUUAUAGGGCCACUUGUUGCAGCAGGGCCUGUUAUGGUCAUUGCUGCAACUUUUUCUAAUGCAACAUAUGAAAGAUUGCCCCUCGAAGAAGACGAUGAAGCUGAUGGAUCCAACCAAGCUCAGGUACCUGGAAAUUCAUCUGGAAUAGGAACAAGUGGAGGGCAACAGCAGCAUGGGAUUCCUGAUCCUUCCUCAAUGGCAAUUUACAAUUUGAUGCCGAUUUUGUUACCGAAUGGCGGCCAGUUGAAUCAUGAUGCCUAUGGUUGGCCGGCACCACCACGGCCUCCCUAUUGAUCAAGUGAUUAUAAGUGAUAGUCGAGAUCAUCUUUGUUAAUUCUGACUUAUGGAAGAAGCACAGGCUACAAGAAGGCGACUAUCAUUAUCUGAAAAUGGGAAAUGAGAGAAGGUAACUUGAAGAAUUAUGAAUUCCAUAUUGUACUGCGUCUAAGAUAAGAAACCGGUUUAUAUAUAGGGAAGUUGUAGAUGUGAAAAGAAAGUAUUAUGCUCAAUGCAUAUUAAAUUUCUUUUCCUUCUAUCAUGUUAUGAUUGAUAAAAAUAUAUAUUUUCCUUCAA